CCUCACUUCUCACUUGAUCCUUCCAUUAACCUAACCUUCGAUCGAUCCGCCCAUAUCCUUGGCCCACAAGGUACCUACUCGUCCAGUUCUUCCCCUCCUAUCUGGCCACCUUGACUGGCAAGGCCACUGCCCAAGGCUUCACCUCGCGAUUAAGUCGCUGCUCUACAUAACUAUACUCGCUUACCUGACUUCAAUUUUCAGCUGCGGGUCCACUCUACAGCCUAUCCACUGCAUCAUAUGCCAUUGCCAGCCUAGCCAGGCACGAUGGCCGUCUUGAGCUUCCGCGAGCACGGUGACUUCAAGGUUGAGAUCUUGGUCGAUGGACAGCCACUGGAGGAAUUCAAGGAUGAUGACGAAGAAGACAAGCCGAAUGAGGCCAUGAGAUAUGUCAUGGCUACAUCUGGAAAAGAGUUCGCCGUUCGAUUUACAGCUGCUAGACCGUACCCAAAGUAUACGAUUCUCGUUAAUAUUUAUCUCGACGGGAAAUGGGUGCGUGGGAGAUACGUGGACAAAGACGACAAAGGAAAGGUUGAAAUAAAGGGCACAAUUCAAACCCUCGGGGAUCGUUGGCUAUCUCAAAACUUUCGUUUUGCGGAGCUAGAGAUAAAUGAGUCUAUCUCUAAUGUUGCCCCCGAAAGCCUACGAGAAACAAUCAAAUCCUUGGGAGAAAUCAAGGUUUCGGUACACUACGUCCAGAAUUUGGUCCCUAAGAAUACUCAAAAAAGGGACAAAUCAAACAUCCAGGACAUUGGGCCGCUUUCAGAGAAGAGUCUCAAGGGCAAGGCGCUCUCGCAUCGGGUGGAAUUCAGUGAAGCAAAACCCACCACCAGGACAACAAAUUCUAAAUCCUGUACUUAUGUCGACCCUCAAAAGCAUCCCCAGGCAACAUUCUUAUUUCGAUAUCGAUCUAAAAAUGCUCUCCAGGCCGCUUAUGUCAUACCCCGUACACCAAGCCCAGUGCCACUUGAGGAUCGAAAUCUUGACGAGUUAAACCUCGAGGAAGCACGAGAAUUGCUCAAACGUCAACGUGAACGAGAUGAGGCGGCAAAGGCGAUAAAGCAGGAAAGAGGUAUCAAGAGAGAAAGAGUGGAAUCAGAGGGCCAGUCUGACGAUGAAGAUGUUCAUUUGAUAUCCAGCAAGAAGGCCAAGGCCGAGCACCGUAGCACUGUCAAUGAGAGGGGCCAGGAGACGAUUGAUCUGACCUGAAUGCUCUCCGUAAUCCUCCGUGCGGAAGCUGAAGGUAUCGAUUCAUCCGUCAUAGAGCUCAAGAAAGAUCAAGAGUUUAUGAAUCGGCUAGGGAUUUGAACACAAGGGAGCGUUCAGUGUCAGAAGUUGGGACUCGCAUGGGUUCAAUUCGUUCCGAAUGUGAGAUGAGGGUGCAUCUAGGCCACGUUCAGGAAGUUUAGCAGAGCAUUUCAAAUAAAGAAGUAGUCAAUCAAUG